AACAGUACAUACUAACAUAUGUAACGUAUAAGUCAUCAAAUACCGCAUGCGGAUGCGCGCGCGUAUGAGCUUAAUGAUUUACACCAGAUUGUUUGCCUGCAUUGACAUUCUUGCCGUCCGAAAAAGUUGUAUCUCAGAUAAAACUGCUUUUUCGGUAUUGUCUUUAAAAGCGAUUCGUUAUUCAGUUUUAAAAGAUCUAAUAUAUAAAUUUUCAACGAUGGCAGACAUGUCCAUGAAUAUUGUUACCCCGCGAAAAAUGUCCUUUGGUAUUAAUGGAAAAUUAAAUGGGUUGGAAAGUAAAACACCAUUUUUAAUCGGAGUUUCAGGUGGUACUGCCAGUGGAAAAUCAACUGUAUGUAAACGUAUAAUGGAAAAACUAGGGCAAGUAGAUAUGGAUCACAUGCAGCGACAAGUAGUUUGUAUUUCACAAGAUAGCUUUUAUCGAGAUUUAUCACCUACCGAAAAACUUAAAGCUGAAAAAGGUCAAUAUAAUUUCGAUCAUCCCGAUGCAUUUGAUAAUGAUUUGAUACUUCAAACUUUACAAGAUAUACUGGCUGGGGUGAAAUGUGAAAUACCAGCUUAUGAUUACAGAACAAACAGUCUAAUGAAGGAUCAGAUUACAACAAUCUAUCCUGCGGAUGUAGUGUUAUUUGAAGGAAUUUUAAUAUUCUAUUUUCCUAAAAUACGAGAAUUAUUUCACAUGAAACUGUUUGUUGAUACCGAUUCAGAUACCAGAUUGGCUAGGAGAGUGCCAAGAGAUAUAAAAGAGAGAGGACGAGAUUUAGAUUAUGUAUUAAAUCAAUAUAUGAAUUUUGUGAAGCCUGCGUUCGAAGAGUUCUGUCUUCCUACCAAAAAAUUUGCCGAUGUCAUUAUACCAAGAGGUGCAGACAAUACAGUGGCAAUAGACCUUAUAGUGCACCACAUCUGGGACAUUUUGCGUUUGAAAAAGGCUGAAAACUCAUCCGGGCAGCAUCCAUACUUCUACCAACAUAAGCGUUCCUCGACUUCAUCCGAUACACUCACCAGAUGAUUUAAGCAUAAUAUGCUCACUUAUAAAAACUAUGUCUUUAUAUAUCAUACAUUUAUGUAGAAUCAAAUUUUCAAUAAUCUUUUAAUUUUUUUCUUUUCCUCUCUUUCUCUCUCUUUUUUCUUUCUUUCUUUCUUUCUUUCUUUCUUUCUUUCAUUUUUUAUUUUAACAACUUAAUACAAUCCCCCUUCUAUACUCUCAUACAAAUGUAUUACAUUUACACUGAGCAACCAAAAAUAUUGCUUCUAGUGUGUAUGCAUUCAUCCAACUCUGUGGAUGAAAUUAAUUUUACGCUGUUCCUAAAGCAUGAACAAAAUACAUAAUUAUAUGAAGUACCUUGUUCAACCAUUGUAAUUCUAGUGUUGCAUAAUUAUUCAAAUUUAUACAUAAGGUUAAAAGGAUUUUAGUAUUAUUUACACAUAUAAGAAUCUUUAUAAAUAUGUAUGUGCAGUUUUACAUUUUCAAAAGUUUGAAUUUUUUAUAGAAUAUUAUCCUUCAAUCGCCGCAGUGAUAUAAACCAAAAUGUUUUAUACAAAACAAUUUAAGUGAGCAUAAAAUACAUUAGCAUAAUAAUUCUUUGUAAUGUGAUAUUUUGAAUUUAAGCUAAUUCAUUAUUCUCAUACUGCCAUAUUCAAAAAAGAUUAAUUAUACAAUUCAGGGUGAUACUAAUCUCCUUGUUUGGUACUAUUUUUUUUUUUUCUUCCUUUUUUAAAAGCUCAAAUCAUUUUAAUCCUAAUAAUAGGAUACGACGUUAUUAUACAACAUAAUAACCAUUUUGAUUAUGUAAUUGAAUAUAUUGUUUGUUUAGACUGUAAAAUGAAAUAAUAAUAAAGAAAUCGAAUUUUCAUCGUCA